AUGACUCAAACCACACCUGGUACGUUUGCGUUGAUUCAGAACAUGGCAUCAAGUUCACUGAACAAGACCAAGGAGCAUGACCGCUCGAAGAGUGUGAACAGCAUAGAUGAUCUCGCUGCGAAGGUGGACCAACUGCUUAAGGGAAACCAAAGCCAAGUGUUCAUAAUGGAAGAAGCAACUCCUGAGAAGAGUGUCGGUGACCUGGCGUUUGAAGCUGAAUUAUCAGGGGACGAUCAGCAAGAGGUGAGCUACGUGAAUGGGCAAGGAUGGCAGCUCAAAAACUACCACCCAAACCCUAACGUGCGGAACAACCAACAGCUUUUCUGGCCUAAGCAAGAUAAAUCAACUGAUCCUGCACAGAGUAACCAAGGUCAGUAUGUCGGGUAUCAAAAGAACUACCAACCCCGGGCUUAUGUUCUAAGCCAACCGCAGAACAACACGCCCCAGAUGAAGAAACACCAGAACCCUCAACCAGCUACCUCUGCUCCUAUCGUUGCUCCGCAAGAUGAGACAAAGGUCAUGUUGCAGCAACUGUUCCAAGGACAACAGCUCCAAGGGAAAGCUCUGAACCAGGUUACUACCGAGAUCAAUACCAGAAUGAACCAUAUGUUCGGAGAUUUGAGCACCAAGUACGAUAAUGUCGCGAGCCAUAUGAGACAGAUGGACAUUCAGAUAGCUCAGACUGCUGAGAGCGUCAAGAGCGGAAAGCAACUUUCCGAGCCGGAGAAGAGGAGGUUCACCACGGCUGAGAAAGGGAAGCAGAAAGAGUCGAAACAAUUACCUGCCGAUACCCCGGCAGUUGAGAGGAAUACGGAACCAGCAGUUGGAACAAGUUCGCCAGGGCCAGAACAACCAGCUGAAGCUGUUCGCCCUAUCCCAGAGGUUGUUCCUCCUCGCGAAUACAUUCCUAAAGUCCCUUACCCUGUUCCAGCCAAGGCCACUCGUAAGGACAGAGAGGAGAUGAAGUGCAGGAAGAUGUUGGAGGACCUAACCGUCCGACUCCCCUUGAUGGAUGUGAUCCAGAUGAUGCCCUCCAUACGCAGCUUUAUGAAGGGAUUGAUCUCAGGAAAAAUAUCAGAAGAGAGCGAAUUCAUGACAGUUUCCAAGGAUUGCAGCGUAGUGUUUCAGAACAGGCAGAUAAAGAAGCGAGGAGACCCCGGAAAGUUCGUCCUCUCUAUCCAGAUUGGGAAGACAGUUUUUGCAUGCUCCUUGGUUGAUCUUGGAUCCAGCGUGAACCUCAUGCCUUACUCUGUAGCACGACGUCUAGGAUACACGCAUUUCAAACCAACUAAGAUGUCCUUAGUGUUCGCGGAUAGAUCAGUCAAAUCCCCAGUUGGUAUACUAGAGGAUCUCCAAGUAAAAGUCGAAAACACCUCUGUUCCAGCAGACUUCGUUGUUCUGGAGCUGGAAGAAGAGUCUAAAGAUCCUCUCCUCUUGGGAAGACCAUUCCUAUGUAGUGUUGGAGCCAUCAUUGAUGUGCGACAAGGGAAGAUUGAUCUGAAUUUUGGGGACAUAGUCAUGCAAUUUGAGAUGGAUGAACUACUAAAAAAGCCGAUGUUAGAUGGGCAGACCUUUGAGGUUGAUGAAGGGAUUGACCCGCAACUACCUCGCGAAAGAAUGAUCGAGGAGAUUCUUACAGAAAACCCACUUGAGCUUGCACUAGUAAGAGCUGAGGCUGAGCAGAGUGUCGUAAACAUUGAUGCAGACGGGUAUGCCAAGAUUCUUAAUUCCACAAGGAGUAUGGGAAGGAUGGUAGCGAGUCUAAGUCUGGGGGAGGCAAGCAACACGGACGAGAACAUUCCAGCUGGAGCGACCCCUACACCGAACUUGCAUGUUCCGCCGAACCAACCAGAUGAUCCCUGGAGUGAGCUUAAAGCUCCCAAGGUUGAGCUAAAACCCCAUCCCAAGGGCUCAGGUUUCUUUCAGAUCCCUAUCCAUCCAGACUAUCAGGAAAAGACGACGUUCACCUGCCCCUAUGGAACGUACGCUUACAGGAGAAUGCCAUUCGGCUUGUGCAAUGCGCCAGCAACAUUUCAGCGCUGCAUGAUAUCAAUCUUUACUGACCUGAUUGAAGACAUUAUGGAGGUUUUCAUGGACGAUUUCAGCGUCUAUGGAAGCUCCUUUAGUGUCUGUUUGUCUAACUUGUGCAGGGUACUAAAAAGGUGUGAGGAGAAACAUCUAGUGCUCAAUUGGGAGAAGUGCCACUUCAUGGUCAGGGAUGGGAUUGUUCUGGGGCACAAAAUCUCCGAGAAAGGCAUUGAGGUGGAUAAGGCAAAGAUCGAGGUGAUGAUGAGCUUGCAACCACCAACAACUGUGAAAGCUAUCAGGGGUUUCUUGGGUCACGCGGGGUUUUACAGAAGGUUCAUCCAGGACUUCUCAAGGAUAGUGAGACCACUCACCAGACUGCUCUGCAAGGAGAUCAAGUUUGAUUUCGACAGUAAGUGCUUAGUUGCGUUCCAUACCAUCAAAGGAGCUCUAGUCAGCGCGCAUGUAGUACAACCGCCAGACUGGGAUCUCCCUUUUGAAAUCAUGACUGAUGCCAGCGAUUUUACAGUUGGAGCAGUCCUUGGGCAGCGCAAAGAUAAGAAACUUCAUGUAAUCUAUUACGCAAGCAAAACCAUGGAUGAAGCUCAAUGCAGAUACGCUACGACUGAGAAGGAACUUCUGGCUAUUGUUUUUGCAUUCGAGAAGUUCAGAUCCUACCUGGUGGGAUCUAAGGUGAUUGUGCACACCGACCAUGCUGCUCUUAAGUACCUGCUCACAAAGAAAGAUGCAAAACCGAGGUUUUUGAGGUGGAUUCUUCUUCUCCAAGAAUUCAAUAUUGAGAUAAAAGAUAAGAGAGGGGUUGAGAAUGGGGUUGCAGACCAUUUGUCAAGAAUGAAGAUUGAGGACGACACAACUCUUGAUGAAGAACACCCAGUGGAACACGUCAACGUGAUUGAGCCAGUCGCCGCGAUCCAAAAGCAGUACUCUCACCUCCCGUGGUUUGCUGAGAUUGCGAAUUUUCUUGCUGCUGAAAAGCAACCCCUUAAGUUCACUGAAAACGACAAGAGGAAAUUUUUAAGGGAGGCGAGGCGUUAUAUUGGGGAUGAACCAUACUUGUACAGACAUUGCAAGGAUGGCUUGUUCAGAAGGUGUGUUCCAGAGGCAGAUAUCCCAGGAAUCCCACAUCAUUGCCAUGGUUCUUCUUACGCAGGCCACUUCGCUACAUUCAAAACGGUUUCCAAAAUCCUUCAAGCGGGUUUCUGGUGGCCAACUAUGUUCAGGGAUGCUCACGCCUACAUAGCCAGAUGCGAUGCAUGCCAGCGACUUGGGCACAUCAGCAAGAGGAAUGAGAUGCCUCAUAAUUACAUUCUAGAGGUUGAGGUGUUCGACAGUUGGGGAGUCGAUUUCAUGGGCCCAUUCCCUCCAUCCUUCAAGAACGAGUACAUCCUCGUCGCCGUUGACUAUGUAUCUAAGUGGGUAGAAGCGAUGGUGAGUCUCACUAAUGAUGCAAAAGCGGUGACUAAGAUGUUCAGCUCCAUCAUCUUUCCGAGAUUUGGAGUGCCCCGAGUGGUCAUUAGCGAUGGUGGAACACACUUCAUCAACAAGGCAUUUCAGGGCCUCUUAAAGAAGAAUGGAGUAAGGCACAAGGUGGCAACCGCUUAUCAUCCACAGACGAGUGGACAUGUUGAGGUUUCCAACAGGGAGAUCAAGAGCAUUCUCCAGAAAGCUGUCAACACUUCACGAAAGGACUGGUCACUUAAGCUGGACGAUGCUCUAUGGGCCUACAGAACGGCCUACAAAACGCCGCUAGGGACAACCCCCUAUCACCUGGUCUACGGUAAGGCGUGUCACCUUCCUGUCAAACUCGAAUACAAGGCUGCAUGGGCAGUCAAGUUACUGAAUUUCGACAUCAAGCCAGCAACUGAGAGGCGCAUGAUCCAAAUCCAUGAGCUGGAAGAGAUAAGGCACCUCGCCUAUGAAAGCUCCAAAAUUUAUAAGGAAAAGACCAAGGCCUACCAUGACAAGCGAAUCAUUGCCAGACGUUUCAGACCCAACGAUAAGGUCUUGCUUUUCAAUUCAAGGCUGAGGUUGUUCCCAUGCAAGCUGAAGUCUAGAUGGUCCGGACCCUUCACUGUUAAGGAAGUUCGACCCUACGGAGCUGUUUUGUUACUGGACAGAAAAGGAGACGAGUUCGUAGUGAACGGGCAGCGCUUAAAGCAUUAUCUUGCUGACUCCACUAUCGCAGAGGGCGAAGAAAUUCUCCUAAGCGCUCCCCCAUCAACCGGAUCGGCUGAUCCAAGUCAAGCUAAUGACUUUAACCAAGCGCUUGGUGGGAGACAACCCACUGAUAUGUGCAAAAAGGUCGGAGAGGAUAGGAUUGACGCAGCCCCUUACUCGUUAAUGCCUUACAUUAAGAGAAGAGAAAGCGAGCAUAAUGAGAACAGUUGA